AUGAACAGACAUGCCCGGUUAAUCAAGCUGGGCCUGGAUACCAACGCAAUCCACGCCACGAAGCUCGUUAAUGACUACUCACUGUGUCACGCACACCAAGUGUUCGAUCAAGUGUCGCAAAGGGACACAACCCUAUGGACCGCUCUUAUAUCCGCUUACGCCCGCUCCGAACCGUCUCGUUGUUCCCAGGCAAUCCGCCUUUUCUCGAUCAUGGCCCGGGAGCAAGGUCUGGAUACACGGCCGAAUCACUACACUGUCACCACCGUUGCCCGAGCAGUAGCUUCUGCCCCGGAACACUUAUACAUGGGAAAAGCCCUCCAUGGAUACGUCAUCAAAUCUGGGAUGAUGUCGAGAAAUGUUGUUGUUGAGACUGCGUUUAUGGAUAUGUAUGCAAAAUGUGUUGCUAACAUUCAAGACUUGAUUUUUGGUUUACAGAUUCAUGGUUACGCUAUUGUAAGUGGGUUCGAUUCGAAUUGCUUGAAUUCAAUUGCUCAUAUGUACUUUUGUUGCGGUCAAGUAAACCAGGCUGAGAAACUUUUUAGUGUGGUAGAAGGAGACAUUGCUUCAAAGAUGAUAAAAAUUAGAGGUUAUGUUUAUAAUCAAAGAUACUGUGAGGUAUUGAAGCAAUUUUGUUUAGAUGAGAAUCCUGCUGAGAUUUUCAAUUGGGAUCACACCAUAAUUCUGCCUAUUUUAACUGCAUGUACGAAGCUGUCUUUGCUCAGAGUUGGGAAGCAAGUUCACAGCAUUUUUAUUACAUUGUUUGGUUCUUGUUUUCGCUCUAAGUUCUCAGAGGAUGACAAAGUAAUUCUAGGAAGUGCAUUUAUUGACAUGUAUAGCAAGUGCAACAUUAUUGAUGAUGCUCAGAAAGUUUUUGACUAUUGGAUGCCUGAAAGACGGGUUUCUCAUUGGAAUGCGCUGAUAUCUGGUCGUUGUGGUUUGGUGGACGAAGGAUUGCAUUACUUUGAGCUGAUGAAGACCAAGUAUAAUCUGAUGCCCAGGGAAGAUCAUUUCACCUGUCUAAUGGAUAUGUUGGGACGUGUAGGCAAGCUGGAUGAAGCAUGGCACUUGCUAGAGGAAAUUGAAGACGCAGAAUUGGGAGAAAGAUUCCCGUCUGGUACCAUUUUGGCAGCACUGUUGGGCAAUUGUUAUGUACAUGGCAACGUGGACAUAGGCAAGAGGGUAGCUAAAAAGAUGUUGCAAUGCGGAAAACAAGUUUCUACUACCCAUAUUACUCUUUCUAAUGUUUAUUCAUCGGCAGGGUUGUGGAAUGAAGCAUUUGGAGUAAGGAUGAACUGGAAGAAAGACAGUGAUGAAAAUUCAGAGCCCGGCCUUAGCCGAAUCUGCACUCGUCCACAGGAGAAGCAGAGCAAGGCAAUCUGCAGUUUUAGCAAUAUCUUUUCUUUUUCUCUCUCUUAUAUCAGUUCGAGGCUGCUCAGUGCUCAUGCAACUAUUUUCACCGUAGGGGAUUCUUCAGGCUGGGAUUUCAAUAUGGGAAAUUGGACAGAUGGGAAACACUUCAAGGCUAGUGAUGUACUUGGGUUGUGGAAUGAAGCAUUUGGAGUAAGGAUGAACUGGAAGAAAGACAGUGAUGAAAAUACAGAGCCCGGCCUUAGCCGAAUCUGCACUCGUCCACAGUUCGAGGCUGCUCGUGCAACUAUUUUCACCGUAGGGGAUUUUUCCGGCUGGGAUUUCAAUAUGGGAAAUUGGACAGAUGGGAAACACUUCAAGGCUAAUGAUGUACUUGGUGAGGAUAAAGCUAUUUGA